AUGGGUCCCAAAUACACUGGCUACUACAAUGCCAAUGAAAAGGCAUGCCGGAAUGAGGACAAUACCACCACCACCACCACCACCACCCAAAUGAUGGAUAAGUUGGAGUCUGGGUCGUUAUCAUCUGAUAACACUAACAAUAAAAACAACUCCUCCUCCUUCAAUGGCCGGAGAAAGAAAUUAAAACACCUGGCCUUCUUUGUGGGACUCAUUCUCUCAUUCUUAAUCUUUUAUCAGUUGAAAUCGCAGUCUUACAACAACAACAAUGCCAAUUACACACCAGUGGUCAUCAUCUCACCUUAUCUACAACAUAAACCUUGCGCUUUCGAUGAAGCCCAGCAACUCUCGUCGGGAAUCCAUGACGACGAUCCUCCAGCCAUCAAUUCAAAACUUGAUUUGACCCUCAAGGACCUUAGAACCGGGAAAUUCUCCCCUGACAUCAAGGAUAUCCAGUGGAUUCGUUCGAAUGUCGAGACCGGGGGUACUUAUCUCACAAAAAAAAAUAACCAGUACAUCAUCAACAAGAUUGAAGACCCCAGCUACGAAAAAAUAUUGUAUGAUAGUACCCAAUUUGGCUACGAUGGGGUCAAAUACAAAAUCGACGACUUGAUUGCCUCGCCAGACUUGAAAUACGCGUUGCUUGCUACCAACAGAAGCAUGAUUUGGAGACAUUCAUCUGUCAACUUAUUCUGGGUGUUAGAUGUCGACAAUAAGUUUAUCAAGCCUCUCAGCGUUUCCGAUGGUGUUUUCGAUAAAGUGUUUUUCAGUAAAUGGGCGCCAAACUCUGAGCAAUUGGCAUUUGUCAAAGACGAUAAGAACAUCUACCUCAAAAAUAUCAUCAGCGACACCGUCGAACAAGUGACGUUUGAUGGCGGCGCGAACAUUUUCAACGGUAAACCAGAUUGGGUUUAUGAAGAAGAAGUCUUUGAAGAUGAGUUUGCGUUGUGGUGGUCUCCAACAUCCGAAUAUUUCACGUUUUUGAAAUUCAACGACACCGAAGUGGAGAUUUUCCCAUUGGAAUUUUUCGUUGCUGAUAAUAAUCCAAAAGAUUCUUACCCAGUAUCCGACCACAUGAAAUACCCUAAAGCUGGGUACAAAAACCCCGAUCUCGGAGUGUACGUUUACAACGUUGCCAACAACCAAAGUGAAGAACUUUUCAACAAUUAUCAAGGCGAAGAAUUCAAUGAUUACCUUGUGACGGAAAUUUUGUGGGUUGGCAAUGACAAACUUUUCCUUAGAACCACCAAUCGUAUUUCCAAUAUCUUGAAAGUCGUCAUAGUGGACGCCAUCAAUAUGAAGUACGAAAUUGUCAGGCACGAAACUAUUGAAGAUGGUUGGUUCGAGUUGUCCCAUGAUACGGUCUACGUUGCUAAAGAUUUGGAAAAAGGCCGUGAAGCCGAUGGUUACAUCGAUACAAUUGCUGUCGAUGGUUAUAACCAUUUAGUUUACUUCUCGCCAAUCGACUCUUCCGAACCGAAAGUGGUAUUAACCAGCGGCCAAUAUGAAGUGGCGGGAGGGGUCAGUGCUUUUGAUCCAGAAAAUAACCAAGUUUAUUUUGUCUCUUCCAAGUACAGUUCUAUCGAUAGACACUUGUAUUCUGUGGACUUACUAACUGGUGAGAAUCUCAUUGCCUUGGUUGACGAUUCUAAUGCCGGGUACUACACUGCCAGUUUCAGUUCUAACGCCAAGAACAUUUUGAUUUCGUAUUUGGGUCCAGACGUUCCAUACCAAAAGAUUGUCGAUCUCAACGAGCCAGAAAUGAUGACAUUGCAAAACAUUUUCCAAUCGACUUCUAAGAACCUUACCAGCAAUGAAAAACUUGCGAGAACUUUGUCACAAUACGACAUUCCAACCGUGUCAUUUGGUGAGAUCAAUCUUGGCAAAGAUUUGCAGUACGACUCCGAAGACAUUAUUGCCAAUCUCCGGGAAAUUAAGCCUGCCAACUUUGAUCCAUCGAAAAAAUACCCGCUUUUUGUCUACGUUUACCAAGGUCCAAACUCCCAACUUAUCACUACGAGAUUUGGGGUCGGUAUUUUACAAGUUAUUAGUUCGACCCUUGAUGCGGUGGUGAUCACCGUUGAUGGUAGAGGUACUGGUUUCAAAGGCAAGAAAUUCAGAUCGGCAGUAUACCAGAACUUGAGUCAUUACGAAACCAUCGACCAAAUCCAAGCAGCAAAGACUUAUAUUUCCCAAAACUCUUUUAUCGAUUUUGAACGCACUUUGAUUUACGGCCACAGUUAUGGUGGAUACAUGACCCUCAAGACCCUUGAAAACGAUCAUGAGAAAGUCUUCAAGUACGGGAUUUCUGGGGCCCCAGUCACCGACUGGAGACUAUACGAUUCGAUCUAUACCGAACGGUACAUGUCGACUCCUCGUGCUAAUAAUGCCAACUACGUUUCCGGGUCAGUGGGGGGUUCCGGAAAUUUCACGAAUUUCCAAAACACUAAACGGUUCUUAUUAUUACACGGUACCGGCGACGAUAACGUCCACGUGCAGAAUAUGUUCAAAUUUCUCGAUAAGUUGAAUUUGCACAAUGUUGAAAACAAUUAUGACUUGAUGAUGUUCCCGGAUUCCAACCACGGGAUAUACUACCAUAAUGGCGGGUACAUCAUGUAUAACAAGAUCUUGUGGUGGGCGAAAAUGGCGUUCGAUGGGAUGUUCGAUGUAUUUGAUAAUUACGAUUAUCAUAAUGGCAAUUUACCAAGUGCAUCGAUGGUGGGGGCCGCCACCAAUAUUGGUGUUCAUGGGUUUACUAACGAUGAUGAUGAUGCUGAAUAUUUGAGAGUUUAA